AUGAAAAUCGUAUGGGGUAACGUACGUGUAUCAACAGCAUCAUCGGAAAGAUCAAAUUCAACGCUGAAAAGAUUGAAGUCGUACUUGAGAAAUAGUACAAGUGAAAAUCAACUAACAGGAUUAGCACUCAUGUCAAUUCAGAGCAGUAUUUCAAUAGACACUGAAGAAAUGAUUGAUAAUUUUGCAAACCUGCCUCGAAAAUUGGAUUUUUUGCUUUAA